AUGUCGUCGCCAACUUCGCCCUUUGUUGCGCUGUCAAACCUCCAGGCGACUGCUCUUGCGGCUCGCUGCCAUAACGCUUUCUUCCGCCAAAAACAACUCAAGUCGCUGCAUGACACGCUGCGCAAUAAGAGCAAUGAGAUUGCAGAUGCGAUUAAGCAGGAUACCCAUGUGUCAGAUGAGGAGGCGACUACAGAGGUUGCGCUCGCGCUCAACACGAUCAAGGAGCACUACAGCUCAAUUGACACCACCAAAGAGCUUGAAUCCGAGUACAGAAUAACAAAAGGCAAGGAUGCGGGUGAUAGGAGAGAGCCAUAUGGUGUCGCAUACAUUGAGUCGCAACGAAACCACACACCAUUCUUUUCCGCCAUCGCGCCUCUAAGUGCUGCCCUCACGGCUGGUAGCUGUGUUGCGCUAAAGCUCGAAAACACACCCCGAGCACUUCCCUCUCUACUCCGGAAAUUAUUAACCGAAGCCCUCGAGUCCGACACGUUUACUAUCAUCUCGUCCGACCCGGCACCGGAGCACCUCGCAGGAUGUGUUCAGGUAUUCCAAGAGAAGCAAAUCGCUGCACCAACAUACUCACAACAUGUAUCUCCUCACACGAGAGUUAUUGCCGUCAUAGACCGCACAGCCGACCUCGCCUCUGCCGCUGAGCAGCUCGUCACAGCACGCUUCGCAUUCGGCGGAACAUCGCCAUAUGCGCCCGACAUUGUGCUCGUCAACGAGUUCAUCAAGAAAGACUUCAUAGAGCACGUGCUCAAGCACUCCCUCCGCUUCCUCGCCGGCACCGGCAGCAUCUCCAACGGCUCAACAACCGCACGAGGACCGAAGAAGACAUCACGAGUAACCGAGCUACAAGACAGCAAAGCGUGGAAACUGCAAGUCAUCACCCAAGGCGACAACGGCGCCAUCGUCGACCUAACCAACCUCUCCACCCUCCCCACAAAGUCCCACCAACCCGUCUUCGCCGUCUCAGCAAUCACCUCGCUCGAACACGCCAUCAGCAUCGUAGAGCAAGAACUAGACCCCCAGGAUUCACUCCUAGCCGCCUACCACUUCGGCACCCCAUCCACUGGAAAAUACCUCUCGCAAUUCAUACCCGCAGAUAUCUCAAUCGUAAACCACAUCCCCUUCCGCAUCCUGCUGGGUCCCGCGGCCCCAUCAUCCCACCCCAUCGACAUCGAAACAAGGUAUACACCCGAGCACUUUACGCGUACUUCACCAGCGUAUAUCUCGCCCCCGGCGUCGCAGGCGCCCAUGUCGAGGGUGUUGCUCGGCAAGGAGACUAAGAAGGCGGCGACGGAGUUGUUUAAUAAGGCGACUGAGGAGAUCAAGGAGAAGAAGCGGGCAGAGUCUAUUGCGAUUGGGUAUUUCGAACAGGGGAUUUUGAUUGGCUUGGGGGUUUAUGGUAUCCCGCUUCUUACGUGUAUCGGUGCAACGAUUUUCUUUGGGGUGCGUGCGGGGUUGAGGAGGUGGGUUUUUGUUUGA